UUCAAACUGUUACUUAGAGGUAGUAGAGAUGGGUUCGAUGCCAAUACAUUUCAUAGAUUAUGCGAUAAUAUACCUGGCCUAAUAGUUGUUUUAAAGGUUGGAAAUUCAAAUGAAAUACUUGGUGGAUAUAAUCCUAUUGGCUGGAAAUCUACAAAUGAUGGAUGGAAAGCGGCACCUAAUAGCUUUAUUUUUUCUCUAAAAAAUGAGAAUAUGAAACAAUCUAUUCUUAGUCGUGUAAAGAAUCGAUUAAAUGCAAUUUAUCAUGAAAAAACACAUGGUUCAUGGUUUUUUAAUUUUGGAUUUCGGGAUUCUUAUGGUCCUAAAAAAUGGUAUUAUGGUAAAAGCAAUGCUUAUCAACUGCCAAUCAGAAACGUAGCGGAUGAUUGUUUUUCAGUCGAUGAUUAUGAA